GCAAACACUUUCAUCUUUCAAACAGUGCCUAUUAAUAAAGUUGAUAUACUUGAACAAAACCACAAGGAAAUGUAGCUUUUUCAAUCAUUUAUUCGACAGAAAUAUCAAUAGAUGUGAUUCUUCUGUGGAAGUACACCCUUGGCCUCAGAAGCUAAGUCCCUUUAGCAGAAACCACUUCUUGUAGGCGUUUCGCAUGAUUGUCCACCAGGCUCGCUGGAAUCUUUGACCACUCUUCCAUGAAAUAUUCUUUCUGUUGCGAGUAUUCUUUCAGCUCUUGCAUGUACUGCUCGUUUCAAAUACCCCACCUCCAGCAUUUCAAGGAUACUAGCAGAUCCUGUGAUGAAAUGUUGGGGUUCUUGGAACAGACGGUCUGCUCUUGGACUGAAUUUGCCGCGACAGCAGUCCUGGACAAGUUAGCAGUCGUUUGAAAUCCGCGCCACUUGUAGACGAUUAUCCUUACAGCGGAAUGAUGUAUUUCAAAUCAUUUGGAGAUCUUUUUAAAUCCCUUGCCAGACUCAUAGGCAUCCACAAGCUUUUCUUUCUAAGACCUUACAGAUCUCUUUAGAUCUUGACAUGAUGACUCCGCAUACCUCAGUAACAAAGGGAACACCAGACACUAGAUAUGAGAGGGGUAUAAAUAAGACCGGUUCCACCUGCACUCCCUAAACAGCUUCUAAUCACUGGCAUCCAAUCUACACAUGAUUCUAAUUUUAUGGAUUUGACGGCGUGAUACAGAUCAGUCACACGGAAAAAGUGCGUUGUUUUUUCUUGUUAAUUUAAAUUGUGAUAAUGACUACAAAACUUUAUAUCUAAUUUGAUCGAUUGUAUCACCUUUAUUAAUAGGCAAUGUUUCAAAGAGGAUCAAAUGUUUGCUUGUCCAAAUAUGUUAAAAACAUGUGGAAAUCCUGAUCAGGCAGACACUACAGACGUUACAGACACUACUCACAGCAAGUCCCAUUCAGGAUGUUACCCACAGACGCAUCCAGCACUAAUAUACUGUCAUGUUCCCAAAUAUCCAACUCGAAGACCGUGUAUAGCACUUGCGAACUUUUGUCAGUUCCCUUUUAGUCUGCAUGUGCUCUGUUUCGACUCGUGGUGGGAAAUCAGUCUUGGAGAAGUCCGCCCAAAAAAAAAAAAGUAAGACUCCAGUGUGCUUGUCCAAGGUUUACUUGAAAGAUAAAUAAACGAGGCUUAAAACAAGUGGUAGCUAAUGCGAUUUAACCUCAGAGUUUUACAAGUUCUUUAGUGAAAUGCUUUAAAUAUGCAUUAAUACAGACGAGGGCUAUGCAUAUAUAUAGAUUGGACAGAAAGAGUUAAAAAAAAACAAAAAAAACAAAAAAAACAAGGAAGAUUGCAGCUCUUUGACGCUUCACACUCCACGUGUUACAAGGACACUCGUCUUUUCAAAGCGACAGCUUUUAAGUCUGUUUUUAUAAAGUGGCCAAAGAACCGAGUCUCCUCUGUGGUCUCGGGAAUCCUCACACACACACGUACACACACAUUACACACACAGUUUGACUUGCUGAAGACCACUGUUAUUUUUACUGCAUCUCUUACUUAACGCGUCUGUCACCAUGCCUGAGUUAAUGAAGAUGUAGCGGGGUUAAAAAAAAAAAUAAAAAAAAUAAGCAAAGACCAAAUUUCCCCUCAGGGCCGCUUCAAGUGUUGGCGCUUUUACUUUUUUUUCUUUUCUCUCUCCAAACGUGUGUGUUCUUUCAGUUCUCUGCGCAUCACGUAAGCACAGUACUGCUGUGAAAUGUUAGUGAAUAAAUGAGAAUUCUGUUUACCUGCCCGACACGGAGCUGCGAUUUCAGCGACAGUGCGACAAACAGUUGAACCGAGAUGUUCUUCACUCUAUGCAUAAUGAUUCGACACAAUAACCGAUUGCCGGAACUGUCGGUCAUUGGCUAAAAUCCACACCGAUCGUUUUUCAGUUACACAAACAGUUGUGUAAAGUUUUAGUCUGAGAUUUAUAUUCGUAACACUUCGUUUGUGGAUUUUACUUUAAAUAAGCGAAAUAAUAGUACUGAAAGAUUGACCCCCCACCCCCCCACGUCCGAUUAAUAAAAAAAUAAUUAUAAUCGGCCAACUAACUGAUUAUGAGUUGCAGCCCUACUUUAACGAGAUGAUACUGUUAAUUAAUAUAUAAGAUCAUCCGUCCCUUUUCUGUGCCCCUUAUCCUACACAGGGUCGCGGGGAGCCUGGAACUUAUCCCAGAGGACUCGGGUGACACUCUGGAUGGGGCGCCAACCCAUCGCAGGGUUGAGACCAUCACACACCCGUUCACACACUAUGAGCAAUUUAGUGAUGCCUGUCAGCCUACAAUGCAUGUCUGAACUGGGGAAGGAAACCGGAGUACCCGGAGGAAACCCCCCGGAGAAAAGCACGAGGGGAACUUGCAAACUCAGCGCACACAGGGCGGAGGCGGGAAUCAAACCCCCAAAUCUGGAGGUGUGAGACACACGUGCUAACCACUAAGCCGCCGUGCAUUUAUAAGAUCAUAUGUAUGCGUUUUAUGUUGACCUCAAUGGCAUUCUAUAGUCUCCAAACCAGUUUCGGAAUUAAAUCUUCACUUGAGCUUAACUCGGAAAAUGUUGUCCCCGGGUUCGUGCGCGUGCUUGUGUGUAUUUUUACUUGUUUACCGAGAUGUUCAUGCAAAUGGGAGUGCAUUGAAUAUUUCAUAAUGUAGUGCACUUGGGCUUGAAGUGAAGACAUAAAUGUUUUAGCGUUAAAUACAAUUAAAACCUCCAGGUUCCUUACACUGACUACUGGAGUUUUCUAUACGGUUUAUUGUUAUAUUAAAAUACAGAUAUGACAUCAUUAUUAUGUGCAAUUGUUUGGGAAAUGUCUAUUCUCUUUAAAUGUAGCCUGUUAAUCGUGUUUAAAGUGCCAUUUUCUUAAAUCCAUAAAUACAUUUUCUGCUCUCCUAAUGAUCAGGGUUCUGUUAAUCCGUUUUGCUCCUGUAGAGACUCGUUUAAAAUAAAAAAAAGAAGAAGAAAGAAGUGAAGGUAUUGUUUUUCAUUCUAGCGUAUGAGAGAAUAUUGGGCAGAAUAUUACAUGCCCAAGCACAGUUUCAGUAGAGUGCAGCCUGUUGCCUUGUGCCUAAAUCUCCAGAGUUGCAAAUCGUCCUUCGUGAAGGUGUAAGACGGUGAAAAAAAGGAUCAUCUGACACGUUUAAUCAGCGGAGUUACGAGAUCCGGCUUGGUACGAGUUCAAGGCGAAGAGCAUUAAGAAGAAGAAAGUGAACAUGGUGGUCUCGGUGGACGGCGUAAAAGUGAUACUUCGCAAGAAACAGAAGAGGAAAGAAUGGACGUGGGAUGAAAGUAAGCUGCUGGUGAUGCACGACGCGGUGUACAGGAUAUUCUAUGUGUCCCAUGACUCUCAGGAUUUAAAGAUUUUUAGCUACAUUGCCAGAGAUGGGUCCAGCAACACCUUCAGAUGCAAUGUCUUCAAGUCCAAAAAGAAGAGUCAGGCAAUGCGUAUAGUGAGGACAAUAGGCCAGGCCUUUGAGGUGUGCCAUAAGCUGAGUCUGCAGAUUGCAGAUGGACAGAUGGACAGACAGAUGGACAGACUUGCACUUGGAGAGAGUGGAAAAUCUGAGGAGGAGACACCUAGUGAAGGCCAUGAGUCGAGCAGAGCUGAGCUCGUCAGUGUGAUAGAAAUGGAGACGAAGUCGCUGCCAGCCGGUGCUUGUGAACAAGCUAUUACCGACGUCCUUCAGAGCCUGUCGGAUCUGAACAUGGUGAAGCCAGAGCAAACUCUCCAGGAACUUGAGGAGAUGCCUCUUCACCCUCUGUCUCCCAGCAGCCCCCACUCUCUGUCUCUUACACCAUUGGCUGACCAGCACCACCUGCAGUUACUACAGCAGCAGGUACUCCAGCAGCAACAGCAAGCUCAAGUCGCUGUGGCGCAGGUGCAGCUGCUGAAGGAUCAGAUAGCAGCAGAGACUGCUGCCAGGAUGGAGGCUCAGGCCAGGAGCCACCAGCUGCUGCUGCAGAACCGAGACCUGCUGCAGCACAUAGCGCUGCUGGUCCAGCAUGUCAGUGAGCUGGAGGCCAAAGUCAACGGUCAUGCGAAUAAUGAAGACUGGAGAAGGUCAUCAUCCUGUUCUCUCUCUCUCAACCUGAAAAACCACUACAGUUCAGACCAGAUCAUCACGUCCACGCCAGCAGGAGAGGCUCAAGUCCCCCCUACACCCCCUUAUACCAUGGCUACCAUGGCCUGUGCCGAGUCCUACCUCAGCCUGCUCAGAACGGGAACGUCCCAUACCGUCACGGCCAAUGGCAAGCCAGCAAACAUAGGAAGCAGGCAGGGAAUGGGCAGUACAAGCAGUGACUUCACAAAGUUCAAUUCAGCGGCAGUGGAUCAACGGGUUAAAGAAAUAAUCCCAAAACUGGACCCACCCCCUCCUCCCGUCAACCGAAAGCGCCCGAACAGAACGGGAUCAGAAACAGCGUCGAGUCCGGCCUUCAGCUCGUCCUUCCCCGACGUUCCACCGUGUUUUGUUUCUCCGGGGGAGUUCGGCAACGAUCUCAGUGCCUCCUGUUCGGCGAGUGAAGAUUCCGGCAUGCGCUCCGACAACAAGCCGUCCGGCGAGGAUCUGUUCGAAGACCGUAACUCCGGCCUCCUCUCGACGUCCAGCACCUGCAGCAGUUUGCCAGAGGACCACCUCCUGGCUGGAACCCCACCCCGUCCGGCCACUCCCAACAGCUACGAGCACACGCUCGCGUUUUCAUCACCCCUUAACAAAACCUGCCUUCACAUCAGUCUAAGCGAGGACGAGCUUCUGGAGGACGGGAUCUUUACCGCAGGAAGCCCACUUAGUAGCUCACCUAGUUAGUAAUAAGGGUAACAAAAACUUGAAACUAGCGAGGGUUCAAAACUGGACGAAAUAUAGCUACUGAAGCCGUGCUUUCUACUUCUACAGCAGAAAAAGAGAACAAUCAUGUGACUUGUGUAAGAGGUUUCGAGCUAUUUCACAAUUUCCCAUCAUGCAUGGCACCCAGUUUUCCUGGAAUAGGCUCCAGAUUCACCAUGACCCUGACCAAGAUAAAGUAACGAGUAACUUUCUUCACAUAAAUACUGACAUCACUUUUGGACUUAAGUGAUUUAACUCUGAUUACGGCCCAUUGUCUGCAUUAUCUUUAAACAUUGUUCACGUGUAAAUGUGCUGGAAAUUAAUGUACACUGCACUGCUGUGUAUAAAUGUUUUGGUUUUUUUUCUGUUUUUUUUUUCUGUUUUUUUUUUAAAGAAAAAAAUGAUUAGGCAUUAACUUAGAACCUGGAAAGGACAGGAAAUGUAUAGUAUAGGAAAGGACAGUAUAGAAAUGUAUUUUUUUAAAUUAGCUGCUACAUUUUAUUGUACGAGUUUCUAUAGCUCAAGCCCAUGGACUACUGUUCGCCAGAUUAGAAGUGAAAAUGAAAUACUGAAGAAAUGCUUUGAAGGUUAAAGAGCAGACAGGAGAAUUCUCUGGUGACAGAGAAUGGUCUAGGACAAGUCUGGCAAGAAAUGCGUAAUGCUCAUCAAAAAUAUAUGAAGAAAAAUGCGAACGACAUGGAUGAGGAAGUUUAAACCAGAAAGCAUAAUCCGAGCAAAUCACUGCUCAUUAAGUUUGGUUGAAGGAACGGAAAGUUUGAGACCCAGAUGAAGCAAAGCAGAACUGAACUUCUGAAUCAUGUGUAUAGCACUGCCGUGGUGUCAUCAUCAGCUGGGAAGCAGGACAAGAUUCUUAUCGCUCUUAUCGUUCUUCCUGAUGGAGAGUGGCAGAGAUAGACAGCCUGAGAGCGGGGAGGAGAAGAAAAAAAAAAGUGUUGCCUUAGCGGUGAAUUGACUCCGAGGAAGCGAGACCAAGGUAAAUCAAUUUCCUUGCUCUGUGGAUUUCCUCGUCAUAUUAUUGAUGCAGAUAACAUCACGGUGCACUCGAGAAGAAAAAAAAAUCAUCCGGUUCCGACUUUUCCAGUAUCAUAGAAGCAGUGAGGCUAUGGUAGGUUUAAAAUGAACCCGAUGAAACAGACUAACAGACUUUUGAGACACGGAGCUGAAAUGUGCAUGAAGACAUCUAGCAAUAAGGCGCGCAUCAAGAAAAAUGUUGGUUUUGUGUACUAGGGACAGAAGGAACAAGAAAGGUGUCGGAAGAGAAAGAAAAAUAAGAACGAAUGAGAUUGAAGGGAUUAGUAGAGGGGAAGAUGUCGGGGGUGAGCAGGUGUUCUGCUAUGGCUAGGAGGAAGAAGGUGGAAGAGAAAUGGAGGUAGGGAGCGCAUGUGCAGUGUCACUGUGGAGAAACAGUUCCACCUACAGCAAUAAAACUGAAAUAAUAGAAUAAAUAAAUGAAAAAACAUGAUAAACA